AUAGAAAUAUUUAAGCCCGCUGUCUCUCGUUCUUACUGGGAAUACGAACAGGUGUGGCUUGAGACGUCGCCACAGAAGUAACCCUCUUAAAAAUGUGGCGUUUUCUCCUAUUUCCCCUUCUCCUAGUGCACUUUUCCCUCGGCCAGACAGUGUCCCUUGUGAGAUGGUGCACUAUAUCACCAGCCGAGCAGAGUAAGUGUGAAGCCUUGUCCAGCGCGCUCACCAAGGUCCCGCCACGGUCCAACUUCCAGCCUUACCCGGAGGUCGAGUGUGUUCAGGUGAUGAGCCACGAGGAAUGCAUGUUACUGCUGGACCAGAAGAAGGCAGAUCUGGUGGCCCUGAACCCUAACGAGAUUUUCAUUGGAGGGCGCUAUCACUCUCUUGUGCCUCUCAUGAAGGAGUCCUAUGAUGGUGGCCGCAAGAACUACUACUCUGUUGCUUUGACCCACAAGGGCAACCUGACCCAUAUGAGGAGCCUGGACGACCUCAAGGGGACUGUGGCCUGCUUCUCCGUAGCCUCAAUGGGGGGCUGGGUCAUCCCUAUCGCCAAUUUGAUCCACUCAGGUGCCAUGAAGGUGAUGGACUGCAACAACCACAUCAAGUCUGCCUCGGAAUUCUUCAGUGCAGGUUGUGCCGUCAAUGUUCUCACCGACAAAUAUAAUCCACUUGGUGACAACAGCCAUGUUCUGUGCAGUGCAUGUGGCAGUGACCUCCCCGGCCAGCACUGCACCAACCAGGACAAGUACGCUGGUCACCUGGGCGCUAUCCGGUGUCUCCUGAACAACGGACAUAUUGCAUUUGUCAAGCACGCCACCAUUGAACGCUUCCUGAACCGCAGUGAGGGAAUGUACAAAGAGGAGGACUUUGAGCUGGUGUGUGUGGACGGCAGCCGGGCACCGGUGAGGGAUUAUGAGCGGUGUAACUGGGGGGUGGUGCCUUCCAAUGCCAUCGUCACCACCUCAGCCAAGACCAAGGACCAGCGGCGCCUUCUGCAGGAGUUCAUGAAGGACAUUGUGAGCUUGUUUGGCUCCAAGGACGAGGAAUUCCCGGAUAGAUUUCAGCUGUUUGAGUCGUCACCGAAAUAUGGACAAAUUCAUGACCUGCUCCUCUCGGACGACACCGAGACACUGGUGGAGUUGUCAGUGAGUCAGCAGAGUUUCAAGAAAUACCUCACCACCGACAUCGUGAACCACAUCAACACCAUCCGCUCCUGCCCCGUCAAGAGGAUGAAGAUGUGCGUCACUUCCAUGAUCGAGUAUGGCAAGUGUCUGCAGAUGAAGACUGCCCUCCAUGCCCAAGACCUGAGGCCAGAGAUGGAGUGUUUGAGGGGAGAGAGUAACUUCGACUGCAUGGCGGCCAUCAAGAAGGGUGAGGCAGACAUAUCAGUGUUUGAGGCAGGCGACAUCUACAGUGCUGGCUUGAACUACGAUCUGGUCCCCAUCCUGGCUGAACAGUACAACCUGGACUCCCUGGAAUACUAUGUAGUGGCUGUGUCAAAGGAGGACGACCCUGACACUGAUGUUUUGUAUCUCAGAGGCCGUAUGACAUGUCACCCUGGGGUCAUGCAUGGGGGCGGCUGGGUGAUUCCGAUGGCUUACCUGAUCAACAACGACUUGAUCCGCCAGUACCAAUGCAACUCAGUCCGUGCUGCCUCCGAGUACUUCCAGAAAGCUUGUGUCCCCGGAGCCCUUAGCACUUACUACAGGCACGGCACCACUCACCUGAACCUGUGUCACCUCUGCAGGGGCUCUGGAUUGGGUUACUGCGCCAGAGACCACAGCGAACCUUAUUAUGGAUUCACUGGGGCGUUCCGGUGCCUGGUGGAGGGCGGAGGGGACAUCGCGUUUGUGAAGCAUACCACAGUGAAGGAGAAUGUGGAUGGCAGGCGGAGGGAAUGGUGGGCUCGGAACCAGCUCACUGCAGAUUACCAACUUGUUUGCCGUGAUGGUACCCGAGCCCCUGUGACAGACUACGAGAGCUGUAAUCUGGGUAGUGUGAGGUCAAACGCAGUGGUGACGCGCGGUGGGGACGACUACAACACCACAGAGGUCCAAGCUUACACCAAUCUCUUGCUCUACGCACAGCAGCACUUUGGCAGAGACUCGGAGGAUGAGUGGAAUUUCAACAUGUUUGGCUCCCAGGAACCUUACUCUGAUUUGAUCUUCCAGGACGCCACACAGCAGCUGGUGCCCCUCCCCCUUGAGGAACAGCACUACCAUCCUUAUCUUGGGCUAGAGUUCUUAAAUGCCCGUUAUGAGGUGGACUGCACAGCUGGGGCCAUGUCAGCUGUGCCCUGCCUCGCCCUGCUGACUGCCCUGCUUGCUGCUGCUGCUGCUGCUCACUUGCUUCCCUGCUAAGCGUAACAGUGUGUGUGUGUGUGUGUGUGUGUGUGUGUGUGUGUGUGUGUGUGUGUGUGUGUGUGUUUGUGCAAUUUUCUCCAGAUUAAGUUAGAGAAAUAGUUGAAAAAAAAAAUAGAAGUUAUAAUUUUAAGGACAUUUUUUUGAGGUUUAUGGAAAGUGUGUGUGUGUGUGUGUGUGUGUGUGUGUGUGUGUGUGUGUGUGUGUGUGUGUGUGACGGUUGUGGUACAUUUCAUCGAUCCGUCCUGCCUUCCGUCCAGACAUGAGUGAUUGAAAGCACAAACAAACACAAAUAAAACAUAAUUACUAUUUUUGCAAAGGUUUUAUACAAUUUUCAGGGUUAAUGAGAUUUAGAAAGAUAUUUUGUAAGGCUUUGAGUGUGUGUGUGUGUGUGUGUGUGUGUGUGUUUUAUGUCAAAGUAGAAUCAAUUUAAAAAGGGAGACAAUAUUUUUCGAAAGAUUUAUUAUAACUUAACAAUUUUGCACAUUGUUGAAAAUUUAAGGAAGAAUUUAUAGAGAGAUUUAGAAGUGUUUAUGUGUGUGUGUGUGUGUGUGUGUGUGAUAAAGAGUACGGUGAUAAGAUAAGUGGUUGUGUAUAUAUAUAUAGAAAAAAAGAAAUACAUUAUGUACAUUUUAAAACACCAAAGAUGCUUAAAAAAAAUUUCCAAACAGAACCAACAUCUCAGUUCGUUUGUUUACAUCAGAGGCAAACAUUCUCAUUGUUUUUAUUUAUUUAUUUUAUUCAUUCUGUUUUAUUUCUUUUCUUUUCUUUUCCUUUUUUUCAUUUGUAUAUUAAAGGAACUGACUCAAUUUAUAUAUUUUUUCUUUUAUUUAUUAAUAGUUUGUCUUUUUAAUUCAUCCAUACUAGAUUCUCACUUUAUUCCAUCCAGCUUUUCAGUUCGCUACAUUCCAGAAAUUAGCAAAGAAUUAUGAAAACCUUAUUCAAAAUAUACAGCUUAUUUAACGAUGUAUAGUCCAUUCUCAAGGCUAUUUUUUUCAUUUAUUUAUUUAUUUAUUUUAUUUUAUUUAUUUAUUAAUUUUUUUCUUUGAUAUCUGGAGCUCAUAUUCAGAAAUGCCUUCCCCUCUCACUACGUCAGUUUUUCCAAGGCCACAGAGACAACUAGCCGGGUUAUCAAGACAAUUUCUCCUUUUGAUAACCUAGAAAUCUUGCCACUCGAUCACCAGAACCAUAAAAGCACUCUUAAAAACACGAGGAUCUUAACUGGAGCCUUUGGAAAGCAGUGACGGUGAGAGGGCAAAGUGUCUCAGGAUACAGACCCUUACUAUGCACUCUGGUUGUGAAGAAGUGUUGAGUUAUUCUAUUACAUUCCUGUUUUGUCAAUUUAUGUUUUGGAGUUUCAGAAUAUCAGGUGGUUUAUGGGAGAGCUGGAACUGCCCUGAUUUAUAUUGAUUUAUUUAUAUUUUUUUAUGCAAGAGUGAAGCCAAGCAAAGGCAACAAGAUUAAAAAAAGAACUAACAAGGGGGGGACGACUUCAAAUGCUUGUUCCCUUAAAGAUUUGGUGAAGAGUUACCUUAAAUUCAAGGACAAUGGGGUAACAUAUUUACACGCUGUGACUUGGUUUCCGCUCAAGUGUCGCUUACCUCACUAUAUAUAACAGGAGGCGCCCCCCACACACACACACACACACACACACACACACACACACACACACACACACACACACACACACACACACACACACACACACACACACACACACACACACACACACACACACACACACACACACACACACUGCAAUAUUAGAAGCUCUAACUCAAUUUUCCACCAGUGUAGCUUAUCUCGCUACAUAUUUACAGGCUGUGACUCAAUUUCCACCAGAGUGUCACUUAUCUCAGUAUAACACACAUUUUGCAGUCUUACAAGCUCUAACUCAAUAUUCCACCAGUAUCGCUUAUCUCGCUACAUAUUUAAAUGCUGUGACUCAAUUUCCACCAGAGUGUCGCUUAUCUCAGUAUAACAGGAGGCGCUACACACACAUUUUGCAGUCUUACAAGCUCUAACUCAAUUUCCACCAGUCUCACUCACCUUGCUAUGUAUAAAAUGAGGCGCCACUUCCCACAUUUUGCAAUCUUACAAGCUCUAACUCAAUUUUCCACUUGAUCAAGAUCCUAACACAUUCCAAUAUUCUUAAGAUAUUACAUUAACCUUCACACAUUCCAGUAUUCUGUGUACUAUGCUAUAAUUUUCACUAUUUUAACCUCUUCAGUGCUGGGAUGCAUUUUUACCUUGAGUUUUCUGUACCAUUAGACCAUUUUAUUUGCAUUAUUUAGAGUCUAUGGAGGGAUGAAGAUUAAUGGCCACUGUCUUCACUAUUUUAAUCCCUUCAGUACUGGGACACAUUUUUACCUUGAGAUUUGUGUACCAUUAGAUCAUUUUAUUUCCAUUAGUUAGGGUCAAUGGAGGGAUGAAGAUUAAUGGCCACAGUCUUCACAUUUAAUUCCUCACGUGAGUUGGUGAAGCUGUAGAAAAUCACCAAAUAGUCACCACAAUGAAUAUGGAAACACGUCAUGCUACUGAAGGAGUUAAUAUUCUUAGUAAAAAGCAUAAUCUUCAUACUUAUCUUUGAACACUGCAGCUUCCCCACAAAUUUUAACACCUUCAGUAGCAUGACACAUUCCCCUAUUUCUUCUGGUGACUCUUUGGUGAUUUUCUACAGCUUCAGAAACACAUGUGGGGGA